AUGGCAGGAGAUAAAAUUAAUACAUUACGCUUAAUUUUUCAUUUAGGUACAGUUUUGCAUCAUGCUUUGGUAAUUUAUUAUUUAGCUGAUGCUGUAAUCUGUGUGAGAAAGAUAAAUAAUCCCUGGAUUCAACGCCUUGAAAGAUUUCAAGGAAGAUUUUUAACAAUGUGGAAUUUUGCAAUGCAGGCAUUUUAUUACACUGUGUGUAUUUUGCAAGAUACACUAGAACUGAAGUCAAAUAAUCAUUUGCAACAAAUGAAUCACUAUAUAAGGAAACUCAACAGUUAUAUCUUCCAGGCCUUUGUAUUUCCAUUAUCUCCUGCUAUAUCAUUGGUAUUUUGGAGUAUAUAUUUAAUAGACCGUGAACUGGUAUUUCCUAAAAUUUUGGAUCAGUGUUUUUCUCUUUGGUUAAACCAUGGCCUCCAUACAGUUAGCAGUGUGAGUGUAUUUACUGAAAUGUUUAUAACAUCUAACUGGUAUACUAUUUCACGACGGAAGGCUGUUUGGGGUAUCACAGCAAGUCAAGUUGCUUAUGCUAUAUGCUUCUUUUCAACAUACUACUUUGACGGAGUAUGGCUCUACCCGAUAUUUAUAACAUCUACCUGGCCACUACGUAUUUCCUUAGUACUUCUAAUAUAUGUAUGGACACUGGUGGCUUAUGCAUUUGGUGAAUAUUUGAGUACAAGAAUUUGGGGUUAUGAAAUUCAAAUGCUGAAAGCACAGGAGACUUCAAAAAAGAACAAGCAAAUCUAGAUUUUUGCAUACAACUAUGAGAGUAAUUUCAACAGCACAUUCAAUUUUAUACAUAGUCUUAGCAAAAGACUUUGUACAUUGGUCUUACAUGUCACCAAACUCACUCAUUAUUUUGUUAAAAUAAA